AUGGAUCGCCUUAGUGCCAUUUCUAGUAUCAAUCGGAUCCCAGAUGACUUAACUUAUGGUAGUCAUAUUACACCUACAAAGAUCCAAAGAUCUGACAUGGAAAAUGGAGCAUUGCGUGAAGGAAAACCACUUGCUUUAUUAUCCUUUGAAUGUAUUGGUUUACUUGCUCAAUAUGCAGGUGUUGGGUUUCUUACAGGUAUAAUUCCAGGUGUCAUCUAUCCUGUACUUCAGGGAUAUUUGAAUGCAGAAGGUACGACGGUUGUCUCUGCAAGUGUCUUAGUCCAAGUUCCUUGGUGUUAUAAAAUGUUUUUUGGAGUCAUAAGUGAUUGUUUUCCAAUCUUGGGGUACCGUCGUCGUCCGUAUAUGAUCUUGGGUUGGUUAUUCUGUAUUACGAUUCUACUUAUUAUGGCGGCAAUGAAUGUUCCUGCUCCAUAUUAUGGUGAUUCGACUAUGCGUGAAAUAGCUCAAGAAGAUUGGACUGACGAUCAGAUUCAAAGUCUUAAUCUAGAAGCACCCAAUUCUGCUGGUAAAUAUGUGAUUCCAAUGAUGCUUGCGUCAUUUGGAUAUCUCUUAUGUGAAGUAGCUGCAGAUGCUAUGGUUGUGGAAUAUGCACAACGAGAACCUAUUGAACAACGUGGUCGACUUCAAACUGCAGUUUAUACUGUCAAGACGUCAUUUACUGCUGUUGGUGCAGCUGUGAUUGCAUUUUUUAUGAAUGGAGAUGAAUACGCUGGUUCCUUUACUUUCGCCUUAUCAUUUCAAGAUCUGAUGUUGAUUACUGGAAUUAUUUGUACACCUUUACUUCUUGUUUCCUGGGUUUUUCUACAUGAAGAACGUGUGAUCAAUAAAGUUUCGUUUACAGAAUACAAUUUAGCAUUCUGGAAGAUGUUACAAAAGCGUGCAAUCUAUCAAAUCGUUGCAUACAAGUUCUUUUCGGGUGUCUUUAAUAGUUUUAAUAUUGUUUCUGCAAGUAACAUCAAGAUGUAUUGGGUGCAUGCUACACCUUUUAAUAACAGUGUCAUGACAAUUGUUGGUACAAUUUUCUAUGCGACCACCUUAGCAUUAACUGGUAAAUAUGGACUUGAUUGGAAUUGGCGUACAAUUAUUAUCAUUACUAUGUGUGGAGCUUUAUUGAUUGACGCUUUCAUGACCAUGUUUACUGUCUGGGAUAUUGUUCGCAAUCAAUGGUUUUGGCUUGGUGUGCCAAUGAUUGAAUAUCUUCCAGAUGGUAUUCGAUUCAUUAUUGCGACAUAUGUAGUUGUUGAGCUUGCUGAACCAGGACUUGAAGGUGCAUUGUAUGGUCUUUUAACUGCUACAACAAACUUAACAACACCAUUUGGUCGUUCCAUGGCUAAACUUGUUAAUGCUCAAUUCCACGUAUGGUUGAAUGAUAUUCAAGCUGAUACAACUGUUGUGCGACGUGAUGUGACAAUUACAAUCUGGAUUUGUUAUUGUAUGAAACUUUUAUCCUUAGCUUUUCUACCAUUGCUUCCUCGUCAAAAAGCUGAAACGCAAGAAUUGAAACGUACAGGUGGUUCUAGUCGAAUGAUGGGAUUUAUCACUGUGGGGUAUCUAGCAUUUGCAAUCAUUUGGGCAACGUUGGUGAAUGUGUUAUCAAUGUAUACAAGCACGAUGUGUUGGAAAAUUACGGGAGGAUGUGCGCCAAAGUCAUAA